AUGUACGGCAUCCGUGCUAUCAUCUUGGGCCUCGUGGCCGCCGUCCCCUUGGUUCAAGGCGCCGAGCAGAGCGGCCAUGCCCAGUCCCUUUACCCAGGCUCUAUCUCCAAAUCAAAUGCGGUUUCCAUGGCGCGUGUGACUCCGGCGCCUACUAUGAACCCAGGAGUUAGGAACUCCGAACUCACAUCGGCUAUCAGCAGCGUGAUGAAUCGAAUCCAUAUCCGCGAUCCUCACUCUGGGGUCACUCAUUUUGUGGAAUCUCUUCUUGACCCACUCUUCAGUUCUAUCAUCAGUCAUAUCAACAAGCUUGAAGGUCUGACGCCAGCCACUUCGGUGGUUCCUGCUCUUGUUGCCCCUACCACGACCACUACUAAACCUUGGGAUUUCUCUAUCGCGGCAAGGCAAGAAACGGAGUCUCCAGACUGGCAGGCUACUAGAUCUUGGGAUUUUUCUAUCGAGGCAAGGCAAGAGACGGAGACUCCAGACUGGGAGACCAGAGACUGGCAGGCUACUAGAUCUUGGGAUUUCUCUAUCGAGGCAAGGCAAGAGACGGAGACUCCGGACUGGCAGGCUACUAGAACUUGGUCUAACGCGGCAAGGCAGGAGACAGAGACUCCGGGCUGGGAGACCAGAGACUGGCAGGCUACUAGAACUUGGUCUAACGCGGCAAGGCAGGAGACAGAGACUCCGGACUGGGAGACCAGAGACUGGCAGGCUACUAGAACUUGGAUCGAGGCAAAGCAGGAGACGGAGACUCCAGAUUGGGAGACUGUUGACUGGCAGGCUACCAGAACUUGGAUCGAGGCAAGGCAGGAGACGGAGACUCCAGACUGGCAGACUAGAGACUGGGAGACCAGAGACUGGCAGGCUACUAGAACUUGGAUCGAGGCAAGGCAAGAGACGGAGACUCCAGACUGGGAGACCAGAGACUGGCAGGCUACCAGAACUUGGAUCGAGGCAAGGCAGGAGACGGAGACUCCAGAUUGGGAGACUGUCGACUGGGAGACUGUAGACUGGGAGACUGUUGACUGGGCGACUCGUACAGAAUGGGCUUCCAGACCGACUCUUCCGGUUAUGGCUGCCAAGGCUGAGCCUACCACCACGUUCUUGAAGAACGCUGGAUAUAGGGUCGUGUCGUCGAGUGCUUCGAACUCGACCAACCAGACGGCUACUACCAGCAGCACGUCGCGCCCUACCAAGGCGCCGCCGGCUGUUGGCGGCGUUGCCCAGACUGCUGCUCCUAUGAUGGGGGCUGUGGCUGUCUUUAUUGCCGGGUGUGUCUUGGUUCUCUAA